AUGCUUCAUCCCGUACUUUCCGGCGAGGAGAUCCUCGAGGCUGUUACUUCAGAUAAACGGUUUUUUAAUAAUACUCAUAACGUUGAACUGCCUUUCCCAGAUGCUUUAAAUGCUACUUCUGAUAAUGACCUUCUUGCUCAGAUUGGCUACAAGCCAGAGCUCAAACGUCGGUUCAACACACUUCAGGUGUUUGGAGUAGCGUUUUCCAUUAUGGGUCUUUUACCUUCGGUGGCAUCUAUUUUAAGUCAUGCUCUUUUGGCUGGUCCAGCGGGCGCAAUCUGGGGAUGGCUAAUAUCGUCCAUCCUUAUCUUCACUAUUGGUUUAGCCAUGAGUGAAAAUGCUUCUUUCCAGCCAACUUCUGGUGGUCUUUACUACUGGACAAACUUUUAUGCUCCGGCUAGAUUUAAAACUAUCAUUUCGUAUGUUGUUGGUAACACAAACUCUAUUGCAUUGGUGGGUGCUCUUUGUUCGGUGGACUAUGGUUUCGCUCAAGAGCUUUUAUCAGUCGUUGUGAUUGCCACAGAUGGCGAUUUUGAAAUCACUCCAGCAAAAACAUACGGUGUUUUUGCUGCUUGUGUGGUUGCUCAUAUUGCCCUUACUUGUCUUUCUUCGAAGAACUGUGCUACUUUGCAAACAACCUCUGUGGUGUGGAAUACAGGUUUGGUUUUCUUGUUCAUUAUUGCAAUGCCAAUUGGUGCAUCUCGUGGCGAGUUUAAAAAAGCAAGCUGGGUGUUUGGAAGCUUUCAAAAUCUUACAGACUUCCCUAUGGGAUGGAAUCAGCUCUCACAAGCAUGGCUUCCGGCUAUUUGGACGAUUGGUGCAUUUGACUCUUGUGUUCACAUGUCUGAAGAGUGUAACAAUGCUACUAGAACUGUUCCUAUUGGUAUUUUAGGCUCCAUCACAGCCUGUGGCGUUCUAGGCUUCGUCUUGUUGAUUGUUACCUGCUUUUGCAUCCAAAACGACGAUAUCGAGAACCAUAUCUUGGGAAGCAAGUUUGGUCAGCCUAUGGCACAGAUCAUCUAUGAUGCAUUUGAAACCGUUCCUGGCCAAGGCAAAAAAGUAGCUAUCGCUAUGAUGGUUCUUAUUGCUAUUGGACAGUUCCUUAUGGGAGCAUCCAUUUUGACAGCUAUCUCAAGACAAAUCUUUGCUUUUGCCAGAGACAAUGGUCUUCCAAUGUCUUGGUGGAUCAAGAAAGUCAACCAGAAGUUAUCUGUUCCAAUCCACGCUGUGUUCACUGGCGGUGCUGCUGCAAUCGUUAUUGGAUGUCUCUGUAUUAUUGGAGAAGCUGCUUCGUCUGCUUUAUUCACCUUGUACGUUGCAGGUAACUACUUUGCAUGGGGAAUGCCGACGUUCUUACGUUUGCUUUCAAUGAAAGAAAAAUUCAGACCUGGUCCUUUCUUCCUUGGAGAGUUCUGGAGCAGAGUCAAUGGAUGGGUAUCUACGUGCUUUAUUGUCUUCACUAUCGUCAUGGUGAUGUUCCCUACCAACACAAACCCAACGAAGGAAACCAUGAACUAUACAUGCGUUAUCACUCCAGGCGUGUGGAUCUUGUCACUUAUAUACUACAAAGUGUAUGCUCACAAGGUUUACCAUGGUCCAGCCAAGACUGUUGAUGUUCCUGGAGAAGGCAGCAGCGAUGAUAGUUUCGAAGUCGAGCAGAUUAGACAAGAAGUCCUCGGGAAGGACUAUGAGUAG